AUGGAUAAAACUGCCCUGCCCCGGGGAACGUACGCACCACCUCUCUGGGAAUACCCUGUGAUGGGCAAUAUCUGGCAAGAUCAAAGCUGCAGGAGAACAGACAGUGAGGUACAGAGAGAUGGAAGGAUCUUGGAUUUGAUUGACGAUGCUAGGCGAGAAGACAAGCUGCCUUAUGAGGAUGUUGCAAUACCACUGAAUGAGCUUCCUGAACCUGAACAGGACAAUGGUGGCACCACAGAAUCUGUUAAAGAACAAGAAAUGAAGUGGACUGGACUUGGCCUUACAGUACUCCAUGAGAACAUUCCCCCCAUAGGAAACUGA